GCCCUACCCCUGAGGUAUGAAAGCCCCCCCUGCCCUGGCCCUGGUUCAGAGUCUGGAUGGGGACAAGGGGGCUGCAGAGCCCAGGUGGGAGGCCCCUGGGGAGGGGCUGCCUCUUGCUGGCUGUGGCAGGAACAAGUUCACUGCUGACCUUGCUGUUGGCAGUGCCUAUCACCGUCCUGGCUGUGCUGGCCUUGGUACCCCAGGAUCAGGGAGGAUGGGUUGAGAAGACAGCUAGCUCCGGGCCACAGGCCCAGAAAGGACUGGAUGACGACAGACCACCUUGCCUCCUGCCUUCACCCUCUAACCUCUCAAGGACUCCUAACCCCGCUCUGCGUCCCCAGAUACCCUCUCCUUCUAGGACUCCAGAUUCCCCAUCUGCCACUCAGUCCCCUCAGGAUGUGCGGGUGGUCACCCAGCCUCCAGCGAUGGACUCUGUGCCAGUUUCAGGGUUUCAACAGCUGCAAAAGGAGAAACCCAGGACAGAUCUCAGCCCCGAGCUCCCUGCUGCUCACCUCAUAGGUGCUUGGAUGAGCGGGCAGGGACUCAGCUGGGAGGCCAGCAAAGAGGAGGCGUUUCUAAGGAGCGGCGUGCAGUUCUCGGGCACCGCGGGGCUGGCACUGCCGCAGGACGGCAUCUACUACCUGUACUGUCACGUCGGUUACCGGGGCAGGGCGCCCCCUGCCGGCCGAGGCCGCACAGCCUCGCUCACGCUCAGCAGCUCCCUGUACCGGAUCGGUGGUGCCUAUGGCCCGGGGUUUCCCGAGCUGCUGCUGGAGGGUGCAGAGACCGUGAUGCCUGCGAUGGACAGGUCCCUGUGGUUCAGCAGUGUGGGGUUCGGAGGCCUGGUGCAGCUGCGCAGCGGGGAGAGGGUGUACGUCAACAUCAGUCACCCCGAUUUAGUGGACUACAGGAGAGGGAAGACCUUCUUUGGGGCGGUGAUGGUGGGAUGACGGUGAACCUGCAUCCCUGGAGGAUAGGAUGAUGGUAGGCCUGCAUCCUUGGAAGAACUUACUACAUUGGUGUGAACAUGUGGGUCAGCCCAGGUGGUGGGGACCUGGGUGCCUGGUGACCCUAUGGCUGUGGGAAAAAUAAUGUAG